CUACCUGCGACCAACCACACCGGGGGGGGAGUCCGCCGAGGGCGUCACUUCCGGCGCUCCGUGACAGGAGCUUCCGGUGGGGCCCGGCAUGGGGCGCGGCGGGAGCGGAGCGGCCGCUCCCGGCGCUGCCGCCUGAGGCCGCGGCCCCACCAUGGUGUCAGUGACGAUGGCCACAUCCGAGUGGAUCCAGUUCUUCAAGGAAGCCGGGAUCCCGCCGGGCCCUGCCGUCAGCUACGCCGUCAUGUUUGUGGAUAACAGGAUCCGCAAGAACAUGCUCCUGGAUCUGACCAAGGAGCUGAUGAAUGAGUUGGGAAUCACGGUGGUCGGGGACGUCAUCGCCAUCCUCAAGCACGCCAAGGUGGUCCACAGGCAGGAGAUGUGCAAAGCCGCCACGGAUCUGCUGUGCCCUGGCUCAUCCCCGCUCCAAGCGGAUCUGCGCCGCAGCACCAACAGCGCCGCCAGCCGGAUGAUCGCCAACAGCCUGAGCCGGGAAGCGCUUCCCAAUGCCCCACUCCAGCCCCACGGAUCCAAGAUCUCCAUCACCGUUCCCAACCAGCCGGCAGCAGCGAAGGCAGGCUUCGGGAAUGCCGCAGCCGGAAUUGCCCCGAUCCCGGUGAAGCGGCGCCGGGUGACGGCCGAGAUGGAAGGGAAGUACAUCAUCACCAUGCCCAAGGGCACCACGCCGAGGACAAGGAAAAUCCUGGAGCAGCAGCAAGCAGCCAAAGGGCUGCCCAGGGCGUCCGUCUUCGACCGCUUGGGAGCCGAGGCGAAGGGGGACCCGGCUGCGGGAGGGAAGCCCAGCGGUGUCUUCAGCCGCCUGGGAGAUUCCCACCGGGAUAAAUCCAUGGGAAGCGAUGAGGAUGAUGAUGGUUCCGCUCUUCCCUACGCCGGUGUCCUGAAGAAACCCAAGGCUUCCCGGAAGGAGAGCGCCGCGCCGGGAAUGCCGGUGACGGCCCCAGCCAGCAGCUCGGAGGCCAAGGCCAUUCCCAGCCUCCGGAAUGGCGCCGGGAUGCGGGCGCCGGGAUGCGGGCGUGAGGAUGAGGAUGCCGUCAGCAGCAGCAGCAGCGGGAGGGAGAAUUCCAAGCGGGAAUGGCGGGUGCUGAUCCGGAGGACGUGGGGAUGCGGGAAGGGGAGCAGCAGUGAGGCCCGCAUGGACAGCGCCGGCUCCGUCAGCGUAUUCCAGCGCUUGGGAAAGAAACCGGAUUGAGAUCCAUGGGAUCCCUGCGCUCCAUCCCAUGGGAACACCCCAUAGGGAACGGGUGGAUCCCUGGGAUGAAGGGUUAAUGCCGUGUGGGAAGGGAUUUCCUACAGGGAAUGACUUGAUCCCAUGUGGAAAGGCUUGAUCCCACUAAUCCCAUAGGAAAACAGUGGAGGAGAGCCCUUCCCAAGGGAUUCCCAGCCCAAAUCCCGGGUGAAUCCAGCCAAAUCAGCGCUCCCCAUCCUCUCCCUGCCUGGAAAGCUGUGGGGUUCCCCUUUAAUCCUGCUGCUUUUCCCAGCUUGAGGAAUUCUGCCCUGGAGACCUCCAUGCCCAGCCUGGGAUUGGCCUUGGUUUGCUUCCCCUUUCCGCUUGGAUGUCCGGAUCCGCCGGGGGAUGGAAUCCAUUGGGAUGGAGUUGGGAGCAGCAUUCCCAAAAAACACCCUGAAACCUUAAAAAAGAACCAUUUGGGGGGGCUCAAAAACCACCAAAACCCCCCCAAAACCUGCCUUAAUUCCUGCCUUGCCCUGGAAUUCCUCCUUUUCCCCCCAAAUCCGGCUGCUUUUCCUCAAGUUAUUUAUUUUUCCCCAAUUCCUCCCAAAUCCGGUUUCUUUGGUUCUGCUGCAAACCCCCAAAAUCGCCGUUUUUCUCCCCAAAACGGAAGCUGGGAAGUUUGGGAUGAGAAAUCCGCCAAUUCCCAGGGUUUCCUAUGGAAAAAUGGGAUUUCUUUGUAUUAAUACCAAAAAACCACCAAUUCCUUCAUUUUUAAUGGGAAAAUUCACCAAUUCUGGGGGUUUAAUGCAAAAAUUCACCAAUUCUCUCAUUUUUUAGAUGAAAAUUCACCAAUUUGUGUGCUUUUAAUAUGAAAUUCACGAAUUUCUUGAUUUUUAAUGGGAAAAUUUACCAAUUCCCUUGUUUUUAACAAAAACUCAAUUCUUUUAUUUUUCAUAGAAAAGUUCACCAAUUAUUUCAUUUUUAAUAGGAAAAUUUACCAUUUUUUUCAUUUCUAACGUGAAAAUUCACCAGUCCUUUCAUUUUUAAUGCAAAAAUUCACUGAUUUCCCUACUAAUAUGAAAAUUUACCAAUUUCUUCAUUUUUAACAUGAAAAUUCACCAAUUCCUUCGUUUUUUAUGCAAAAAGUCACCAUUUUAAUACCAAAUUUCACCAUUUCUUAAUUAUUAAUACAAAAAAAUCACCAACUCCAUUCUUUCUAAUAUGAAAUUCAUAAAUUCCCUCAGUUUUCAUGCAAAAAUUCACCAAUUCCUUCAUUUUUCAUCCAGGAAUUCCCCAAUUUCAUCAGUUUUCCACCCAAAUUCCCCCAUUUCUUGGUUUUGCCCAAUUUUGGCCCAAUUUGGGGGCGUUUUCCUUCCCUUUUUGGGUGUUUGGUGUGUGUGACACGAGUGCUUUGGGGUUUUUCCCCCCAUUUUUGACCUUUUUUGGCAAUAAAGCGUGGAAAUAGCUCUGUUUAUGCAAAA